CCCGGACAGGCAGACAGACAGACAGAAGCGAGACAGGUCGAGAGCGUGGGUGAGGGCCUCCGUCCCCCUCCUCUUCCUUUCUCCUUCCCUUCGCGUGCUUCACUUUCCCCUCGCCUCGCCUUCCUGCCUUCCUUCUUACAUCCUCCUCUGCUCGGCCACUUCUUGCCUUUUCUCUCUGUCCCUCUCUCUCUCUUCGCCCCUCGUCCUCUUCGUCGGCCUUGCUUUGACUCGCUCAGUCGUUAGAAUUUUCAGUUUCUCUUCCUCGUGGGACGCACUCACUACUCUAGCAGGCAGGCAGGACACAGACAGCAGCAGCAGCAGCGAAGAGCAGGAGGAGGAUCGUCAGCGUAGUCACUUUCUCGGCGACUGGGCGGGCGGGCGGGCUGGCUCGCGGGCUAGUUGGGUGGGGGUUGUUCGGAGUGAAAGAGAUUUUGGGGGCCUCUGAGCUAGCUACAGUCGGGAGAGAUAUUCCAAUCGCACGCAGCAGCAGCAGCAGCAGCAGCAGCGCCAUCGGCUUCGAAGCUCUUGCGCUUACGCGUCUCUGUUUCGUUCCUUCAGUGGGAGGGUUGAGCUCGCGUGAUUGAGUGAUCGAUUUAUCCAUUGCCAGGGCGUUUUCUUGGUCACGAGAGUGUGAGGGGACGAGGAAUCGAGUCCAAUUUUGUCCAUCUGGCGAGCGUUCUUCGAGCUCCUUUGAUGUAAUCGCAGUGAAUGGAUUCUGCUUGACGGAGGCGCGGACAGAUUUUCCUUCUCUUGCUGCGCACGCGUACUCGUCCGAACGCUGGUUCUGGAGGUCAUUACGUUCUUACCGUGAAGUGAAGGCGCAGGAGCGUGAUUCCCCGUAUGUCCUACAACUUAUCAAAACAUUUUGCUACUCUUAUAUCUUUGAUUAGAGAAGGAGCAAAAGGCGUCCAGGAAAAGUACUUCACGGGUGACAAAGGGGAGAGCAAAUAGAAGACAUAAUUGAAAAUUGACAGACGAGAUAUGGGCGAACAGAUUCGGUACAUGGCAGCAGCGCCGGCUCCGAUGGAGCUCUCGGAUUCGUCGGAGAUGAACAAGCGACACGGUCUUCUUGCGGUCAACAAGUCGUCGGGCAAAAUCCAGAAGGGGAUACGGCGCCCCGUUGCCCCGCCGCGGCCGCAGCCGACCGUGUACAAGAUCGAGCCCGGCCACUUCCGCAGCCUGGUGCAGGAACUAACGGGAACAGCGCCCAGCGAGCAACCUGCUCCGAAGCCGACGGGCAACGCGCGGCUGCAGAAGUUCGCUCCGCCUCCUCUGCGCCCGACUUUCUCGUAUGCCAAGCCCACCAUGCCCAAUGGCAUGCAGCUGUCGACCCCGAAUAAUGGCCAGAGAUUCAAUGGCAUGCCCUUCAAUGGCUUCGGUUCAUCGCUCUCGCCCCUCACCCAGAGAAUUACCCCUUUCCCCAUGCUCUCGCCCCAUUCCUUCUCCCCGCUCCCUGCGCUGUCCCCGAAUGAUCAGAUUUGGGCCAACUCUCUCGAGUCCCCGAGCCACAUCGCCAUGCGUCAGUUGGCCCAGAGCAUGGCUGCCAGCGAGAGUAAUUUACAUCAGCAGCAGCAGCAUCAAGUUCAGCAGCAGCAGCAGCAACAGCAGGUGCAGCAGCAGCAUCAGCAACAGGUCCAGCAGCAGCAGCAACAACAACAACAGCAACAACAUCGGCAGCAGGUGCAGUUGCAACAGCAGGCGGACAGCUUGAGGUUGGACAAUGUUGUCAAUGGAGCCGGGGCUUCAUUCAGAGACCUUCAGGGGGCGUUUCCUCCUUUGUCGCCUUCGAAUUUCAGCUUGUCGCCGAGGUUCUCAUCGCAGUACCCGAAUCUGCCGAGCCCCGUGGGGCUGGGCGCAAUGGCCUCGGGAUUCGGCAUUAACAUCUACAACAUGGGGACUCUCAACUCCCCGACCGCAGGACUGGCAAUGGAUUUCUCCUUCCCUGAGCCCGACUUCGUCUCCACGGGGUUUUCUUGAUCGCGCGAGGCCACGAGGAGGUGAAUCGUACAGACAAAGCAGGAAUGAAUCACUAUCCAAUCACAUGUUUCUAGUGGCACUCGCGACUCCGACCCACCGCAUUAGUUUCCCACUGAUGCUCAACUCCCCAGUUCAAACGGGUUUGCUGGAGGUUCAGGAGCCCAUUUUAAAAAAUUCGCUGAAGAUUACCUGUGCAUCAGGCAAGCUCACUGGCAGGCAUAUGAUUUAUGUAGGCCAUAAAUCAGGUCGCCGUCUGGAGCGCUUAGUUUGUGGAAAGAGGUGGAAAUCAUUCUCGUCACGCUCUGCGACUGAGCGGGAAGGAUCUGAGGAGAGGAGCGGCGUAGAAUCUGUAGAUCUUCCAGUAACUCAUUCUCGUAGUUUCGAUUUCAUUGAUGGAGGGUAGCGGUUGCUUUCGGAUACGGUAGCCUUUUCUCGACUCCAAACAAGAAUGAGAAACUCAGUGGACAGAAGAAGAUCAUGGAGAGGAAGAAUGGUAGAAAUCGGGCCACAAAUGGGGAGAGGAAGAGAGGGGGCGGGAGGGAGGGAGGGAGGGAGGGCGUAGGGGAGGGAGGGGGCAAACCUGGAGUUCUUGUUUUAGAGUUAGUCCGACAGACAUUAGAUGGCAGCGACGCACGAACUCGGGUCUGACCAGCGCGACCAGAGAGUUUAUUCAUUAAUUUUCUUCGGACAGUGUACAAAUGCCCAUUAGGACCGUCUCCAUCCUCUGCGGUGAAUGUACCCAUGGACGGUACUUUACAUGUACUUAAAACCAUACAUCAAUUGUUGAAGUAAAUGUCUUCAAUCUUAUCUC